GCCGCGGCCGCCGCUCCGCCGAGCUUCCCGGAUCCGAGCCCAGACGGCGGCGGCUCGGGCAGCCUGGGCGCCGCGACCCUCGGCGGCCACAGGGGGACUGGGAGGAGGAGGAGGAAGAGGCGGAGGCAGCGGCUGUAGCCGCGAGGAGGAGGAGGAGGAGGUGGAGGAGGGUUCGCUCGCCAGCUCCGACGCAGACAUGGUGGACUGAUCCCCGGCGGGGCCGAGAGCAGGGUUUCCUGAGGCGCCCCCCGCGCGUGGCCCCGCCGCGCCCCGCGCCCCGCAGCCCCUCGCCGGCGCCCGCGUCGGGUGCGGCGGCCGGGCCGGGCAGUCGCGUUCCCGCCGCGUCCCGCGCCCGGUCCCUAUGGAGGCGCCGCUCGCCGGCGAGGCCGCCGACCAUGCCUAGGAGGGCCGGGAGCGGGCAGCUGCCGCUACCCCGGGGCUGGGAGGAGGCCAGGGACUACGACGGCAAGGUCUUCUACAUCGACCACAACACCAGGAGGACCAGCUGGAUCGACCCCCGGGACAGGUUAACGAAGCCCUUGUCGUUCGCGGACUGUGUUGGGGAUGAGCUGCCGUGGGGCUGGGAAGCAGGCUUUGACCCACAGAUUGGCGUCUACUACAUCGAUCACGUCAACAAAACCACACAGAUUGAAGAUCCACGAAAACAGUGGAGGGGGGAGCAGGAGAAGAUGCUCAAGGACUAUCUCUCGGUGGCUCAGGACACUCUCAGGACCCAGAAGGAGCUGUACCACGUGAAAGAACAGAGACUUGCCUUGGCCCUCGAUGAAUAUGUACGAUUAAACGAUGCCUACAAGGAAAAGUCAAGUUCUCACACCAGCUUAUUCUCAGGCUCUUCAUCCAGUACUAAAUAUGAUCCCGAUAUUUUAAAAGCGGAGAUCUCCACUACACGCUUAAGGGUUAAAAAGCUGAAGAGAGAACUCUCACAAAUGAAGCAAGAAUUGCUGUAUAAAGAACAAGGCUUUGAAACAUUGCAACAAAUAGAUAAAAAAAUGUCCGGAGGCCAGAGUGGCUAUGAACUUAGUGAAGCCAAAGCCAUUCUAACCGAACUGAAAUCUAUCAGAAAGGCUAUUAGUUCAGGAGAAAAAGAAAAGCAAGAUCUGAUGCAGAGUCUGGCUAAGCUGCAGGAGCGGUUCCACUUGGAUCAGAGCAUUGGCACAUCCGAGCCAGACCUGAGAUCCAGUCCCGUGAACUCGAAUUUAUCUCUCUCCAGACAGACCCUUGACGCCGGGUCACAGACAAGCAUUUCUGGAGACAUCGGAGUGAGAAGUAGAUCAAAUUUAGCUGAAAAGGUCAGGCUGAGCCUACAGUAUGAAGAAGCCAAAAGAAGUAUGGCCAACCUAAAAAUCGAACUGUCGAAACUGGACAGCGAGACGUGGCCCGGAGCACUGGACAUCGAGAAGGAGAAGCUGAUGCUGAUCCACGAGAAGGAGGAGCUUCUGAAGGAGCUGCAGUUUGUCACCCCGCAGAAGCGCUCCCGCGACGAGCUGGAGCGCCUGGAGGCCGAGAGGCAGCGGCUGGAGGAGGAGCUGCUGUCCGUGCGGGGUCCCCCGAGCCGGGCCCUGGCCGAGAGAUUGAAAUUGGAAGAGCGAAGGAAAGAGCUCCUACAGAAACUUGAAGAAAGUACUAAAUUAACUACUUGUUUGCAUUCACAACUUAAAAGCCUCUCGGCCAGCACCCUAUCCAUGUCGUCUGGGAGCAGCCUGGGCUCCCUGGCCUCCAGCCGGGGGUCUCUGAACACCUCCAGCAGGGGCUCGCUCAGCUCCCUCAGUUCCGGAGAGCUCUAUUACACCAGUCAGAGCGACCAGACAGACGCGGAUUACCAGUGCAAACUGGACCUCCUUCUGCAGGAGAAAGGCGGCUACAUUCCUUCCGGACCCAUCACCACCAUCCAUGAAAACGAAGUGGUCAGGUCCCCCAGCCAGCCCGGCCAGAGCGGUCCCUGCGGGGUGGCAGCCACGGCCGCAGGCCACACACCCCCACGGACUGAGGCCCCCAAGUCUGUGACGUCCCUGUCCUCACGGUCCUCCCUCUCCUCCCUGUCCCCUCCCGGCUCUCCCUUGGUCCUAGAAGGCACGUUCCCCAUGUCUGCUCACGAUGUCCCUCUCCAUCGGUUCACUGCUGACUUUGAAGACUGUGAAUUGAGUGGCCAUUUUGCAGACCUCAGCCUCGGCGAAAGUCAGAUCUUGCUGGAUUCUCAUUCAGGAGGAGUGUCCCAGCCUCUCGCGGAGGAUAAGGACCUCGGGGAAUGUGCCCGGGAGCCCUUGUAUGAAGGAACUGCAGAUGUGGAAAAAUCAUUACCAAAAAGAAGAGCCAGCCACCUGCUCGGGGAGAAGACGGCCUGCGUGUCGGCUGCCGUGUCUGACGAGUCUGUGGCUGGAGACAGCGGGGUCUACGAAGCUUUCGUGAAACAGCCUAGUGAAGCUGAAGAUGUUCCCUUCAGUGAUGGGGAUGUCACCAUCGUGGAGACGGCCCAGGUGCAGAUCGGCCUCAGAUACGACGCCAAAAGGUCAAGCUUCAUGGUGAUUUUAGCACAGCUCCGAAAUCUUCAUGCCUUCUUGAUACCUCAUACUUCAAAAGUCUACUUCAGGGUUGCUCUGCUGCCCUCCUCAGCGGACGUCAGCUGUCUGUUUCGCACAAAGGUCCAUCUGGCCACAGAAUGCAUCUUAUUCAACGACGUGUUCAGAGUGGCCAUUUCCCAAACAGCCUUACAGCAGAAGACGCUGAGAGUGGACCUUUGCUCUGUUAGUAGACACCGGAGUGAAGAGUGCCUGGCUGGAACUCAGAUCAGUCUGGCUGAUUUACCAUUUUCCAGCGAGAUUUUCACUCUGUGGUAUAACCUGCUUCCUUCCAAGCAAAUGUCUUGCAAAAAGAACGACGAAGGAAAUGAGGACUCUGUAUUUCAAACAACUCAGUCAUUAAUAGAUGCAAUAGACUUGGACGCCGUGUCCGCCUUACUUGCAAGAACAUCAGCCGAGCUCCUGGCUGUGGAACGGCAAUUAGCACGGGAAGAAGAAGAAGAGGAACCAGGGCAGGAAGAAGAGCAACGAGGUCCAGAUGGAGACUGGUUAGCCAUGCUGCAGGAGGCCUCUGAUGAAAUCGCGGCUGAAGAAAAGGCCGAAGUGAAGUUGCCAGAAGACAGUAGCCGUACGGGAGACUCGUGCUCAUGUCCGAGCGCGCCCGAGGUGGAGGAGGACACGGGCGGGAGAGACCGCGGCUGUGCUGAGGCCCGCGGGUAUCAGCCACCUGCUGGGCCACGCACCCUGGUCGAUAAAGAGACCAACACGGAGGAGGCCGGUGACUCCGGGGUGGCGGUUCGCCCUAAAGACCGCAGCGGCCUGAGCGCUCGGCAGCGGCCGUUCGUGCGGAGCAGCGUGAUCGUGCGCUCGCAGACCUUCUCCCCGGGAGAGCGCAACCAGUACAUCUGCCGGUUGAAUCGAAGUGACAGUGACAGCUCAACCUUGGCUAAAAAAUCCCUGUUUGUGAGAAACUCCACUGAGCGGCGCAGUCUGAGGGUCAAAAGGACGGUUUGCCAGCCAGUGCUGAGAAGAACAGCUCAAGAACACCCAGGGCGCACAUCUCUAGACCUCGAACUGGACCUCCAGGCGUCUCUAACCCGUCAGAGCCGGCUCAACGAUGAGCUGCAGGCCCUCAGGGGCUUGAGGCAAAAGCUGGAGGAGCUAAAAGCUCAGGGAGAGACUGACCUUCCGCUGGGUGUCCUGGAAGACGAGAGGUUCCAGAAGCUCCUGAAAGAAGCUGAGAAGCAGGCUGAACAGUCAAAAGAAGAGCAGAAGCAAGGUUUGAAUGCAGAGAAAUUGAUGCGGCAAGUCUCCAAGGACGUGUGCCGGCUCCGGGAGCAGAGCCGGAAGGUGCCCCGGCAGGUGCAGUCCUUCAGGGAGAAGAUUGCCUACUUCACCAGAGCGAAGAUAAGCAUCCCCUCCCUGCCGGCUGAUGAUGUAUGAUCACACCCCCUAAAGAAAUUACUCUGUCACCUCUUCACUAACUAGGGAGGGUACAAGACUGAACAUUUGUUUUGUUUUGUUGGGGGGGGUGUUUUUUGUAACGUAACUGUCCACUCUUUAAAGAGCUUUCAUAUCACAUCAGAUUUUCAACAUGCUCAUUUGUAAAGUACCUUGAAUGUAAUUCUUGUAUGUUUAAAAAAGAAAAACAAAGUCAGGUAACCAAAAUGGAAGGAUCUGGUGCACAAAUGUCAUCCAGUACAUACGAAUUGCCAGCAGCCCGUGUUUUGUACAAAUGGAAUAGAGGCGGCACCCAGGGUAUAUCCUGUUGAACCAACUAUCAAGAAAGAACUCGGUUUAGCAGAAGACGAGCUUGACUUUUCUUUCGAUGUCUUACGGGCAGACCAGGAGGAUGGCAACAGGCCCACGUGGUAUCUUUGUACCCCUGGUUUGAAGGCAAAUAUGAGUCCAAUGAGUCCAGCUCGAAACAGGUGUUGAGCUCACGCCAUCACCUGUGUCGAAGCCCUUGUUUCCUGAAAACACUUUCAUUCUUGUCCUUUUCUUGGAGUCUAAAGAAAACCAGAUGCUGAGUGGGAAUCUCAGAACCCAAAGGAGCAGUGCUCCGAACCACAGGGAAGACCUUGUGAUUUGUCACAUUAAGGGUGGGCAGGGAGAGGAGAGAGCCCGGUACCCUCAACCCACUUGAGUCAGCUCGUCAGCGAGCACCCAUGGCCCAGAACACGCCCGGACUCCACGGCCGUGUUCCAGCCAGGGUUUCCAGCUCGCACUGCUGAGCUGCUGUCCCAGGUCCGAGGGUGGUGCCCACGACAAGCCCAUGGCGGCCAGCCCUCUGAGAACAGACAGCACCCACCUUGUGGCGGAGACACGCACAAGCACUCCUUCAGGAAAACGGGAAUCUUGAUUAAGUCAAAGUUGCCAAAAAAAAAUUUUUUUUAACUUUAUUAAACCAAUUACUCACAUUCACUAGAAAUUAUUUUGCAGCUCUCAUUCUUAGGAGCUCCCAUCUGUAAUUUGUGGUAAGGAGGCCAAGAGAAGAGUGUGCCUGGGGAGAUAUCAAUCUGAAGUAUGGGCCAAGGCAUUUGUUUCAGAAAACAAUUCUAGAUGAACUAAGGUAGGCAGAGGAACAGACUCCAUCCAGCCAGUGUCCUCCCCCUCCCUAGCCCAAGCAUGGGCUUAAAAGAAAGCGAGACGCCCUAUAGCUCUGUCAACAUAAAGGCUUUUAGAAUAGAGUAUUUAUGCAAUUUAAAUCCUACUUAUCAUCCAGCCAGUUCCAGUAGAAGAGGCAAUUUUUGGCCAGCCAUCUUCUGUAACAAACUAAAUCUUUUUUUUUUUUUU